GCGAAUGUCCCCGGAAGUACGUCACUGCACGCGUGAACGUUAACAACCUUACAACUACAAAAUAACUGACGUUACCUGACAGCUGUCUCGUAACACACCUUCCCAGUGAUGCCAGUAACACGACUCCUAUACCCUCUCUACCAGUUGGGGAACCCUCAGCUGAGGAUCUUCAGACCCAGCUGGUUCCUGACUCUGGUGAGGCCCGGCAAAGAGCAGCCUCCGGACACUGUCCAGUUUCGCAUCCCAAUGGAAAUGACCAAGUAUGACGUAAAGAACUACCUGGAGAAGAUUUAUAACGUCCCUGUUGGAGCGAUCCGCACCAGGAUCCAGUUUGGCUCCAACAAGAAGAGGAAUCAUCUCCACCAGAAGGUUAAGCAGCCCGACUUUAAAGUAGCCUACGUUCAGCUGGCUCAGGGCCAGACGUUCACCUUCCCAGACAUCUUCCCAGAAAAGGAGCGGACCCACGAGGAGGGUUCUAUGGAGGAGAUGCAGGAGAAGUUCACGGAGGACGAGAAGCAGAGGCAGAAGCUCGACCCCAGGAGGGGAGGGGUCACUGAGUGGUUCGGACUGUGAGAUGGGCCCCUGGCCGUGAACACUGGUGGCGUCUGAUUGGGAGCAAAGUGUAUUUAGGCCACUGCUGUGAUUCCCCUUCUAUUUGUGCAAAAAAAAAACCGUUCACAACUGAAGUGCAGUAAAGAAGAAUGUGCGUGUUGGUGAGACGUGUGUGUGUGUGUGUGUGUGUGUGUGUGUGUGUGUGUGUGUGUGUGUGUGCGUUUGUGAGGCUUUGGUCCAGUAACGCGUGCCAAAAGAGAAACGCAGGAGGAGGAGAGUGGCCCGGCUCCAUCUUUCAUUAAACCAGCCCACUGCACAGGAUCACCAUCACCUCAGACGACCUCGUCUCUCCUCCCACCUUUCCUGUUCCACCUCCUUCUCCUUCUACCCCUCUUCCCCUGACAACAGUAAAGCUCUACUCAUACCUCUUCUUUCCUUUAUUACAUUUUUUUUCCCUUCCCGUCUGUCUCCUGUGCCGUCCCUGCUUCUUCUCCUCGUCCCUCCAAGUUGUGGCAUCCCAGGUAACGCUGACUCUCAGCCAGUUGGAUGGGACUACCUGAGCAACCCACAUCCUUUCCUCUUUUUAUGAGUUUGCCUCAUUGACCAAUUUAUGUAAACAACAAUUGAGUUGACAUGGAAUUCGCCGGAGUGUUUUUAUCAUUUCGUGGUGGCAGCACUGGCCAUAAAUCUUGUGUUUGCCUAGCACGUGGGACCUGCCCCCCAAUCUGUCUGUUUGUGAGUGCUGUUAGAAUAAGAACCAAUAAAUGGUCACUUGUCCAAAAGUGCUGGGCCUUACUUUUUGUGCUAGCCUCGCCUCAUCUCCAAUGACCGCUGCGCUCGACAACUGGCACUUUGAGACGUCGUCUGACACACAAGCUUGCCUGGG